AAAAGUCUGAAUUAUAUGGAAGAGGCAGGAGACGGAGAUGGACAUCCCCGUGGAAAUCGUGAGCGACGAGGAAAUGGCAUUUAUCGAGGCCGCCCUCUCCCUAUGCUCCCCUCCGCUGAUGGCGGAAGAGAAGAUAGCUAGUGAUUCAGAGGAUAUACAGAUGGAGAUUGAGGAGAGCCCAUUACAGCGGCAUCGUGUGCAUCAGCGGAGAGCCCUCUCUGUCACAGAUAUCACAUCUACGGAAUGGUGUGAAAAGCAGAUGGAGUUCUCUCUGAUUCAUGGAAGGCCUGAAAAGACAACAGCUAUGAGAGCAGGAAGUGCACGCCACACAGAGCUUGAAGCUGAGGUACUGAUUCGAAUGGAGCUUGCUGUCCACACAAGAGAAGAUUCAUGGGCUGUAAAAUUGCUGAAUUUCAUUACUGGUGCAAAUCAAUUAUUAUUUGAUGGGUUGACACGUGAGCUUCCUAUAAUUGGGCUGGUUGAAGGUGUCUGGCUUAUUGGAGUGAUUGAUGAAGUUCGCAUGUGUGAGCUAAGUGGAAUCAAACAGCCCAUUAUGGUUGACACUAAAACUCGUAGUCAAGCUGCAUUGCCUUCUGAACCUCAAAAACGAAAUGGAAGGCUUCAGCUGAUGUGCUACAAGUUUCUUUGGGACAAUAUUGUAACAGAAGAUUUUCCAUCGAGCUCCUUCUUCCAAUAUUUUGGGCUGCAUCCACAACGAAUUUUAUCUAAGGAUAUAAGGAAACAUAUUGGUGAUUCUGGUAUGGGAAAAAAUGUUCAAUCACUGGAUGAUUUAGUCAAGUUCUAUAAGAGGACAUGUAAAUCACUUCCUUCAGCACAUAAGUCACUUUUGAUAAGGUAUGAGUUGCAAGCUGACCGGUCCUUACUUGCAGAAGAUGAUUUCUUAUUUGAAGCAACUUCAUUUGAAAAUCAACUUCAUUUGAAUUUGCAAUAUUGGCUAGGUCAAAGAGCAGCUACUUUUGUGGCUUGGGAUGAAAAUUGGAAAUGCAACUAUUGUUCAUUUUCAAAUGUAUGUCCAAGGGUUCAAAUCUUAUCUCAAGAGAAGAAGUAACAGCUUUUAUAUUUGCCAGAUAUCAAAUGACUAGAAGAUAAGCUCAUCCUGAUUAUGGGAUCAUGUUGGGUGAUCCAGUAUGUCAGUGUUUUUUAAUCUAUGAUCUAUUAAGAAGUUUUUUAAUUAUUAUCAACUUUGGAAGACUCAAAGAAUUGAUAAGACAUUCAAGUUGGAUCACAUAGAUUGACUGUGUAAUAUUGUGUAGUUUAUUUAUAUAUUUAUUUGUAUUGUUAAAAAUGAGAAUCGUAUUAUACAUUAAGAAUGGGAGAUGUGACUUCCAUUUUUUACUAAAACUAGCAAUUGCACCUUGGUGUGCAAUGGGUUCGCUGAAGAGGUGUGGAAGGUCAAUUAGAGAAAGUUUUGGUCUAUAUUUUGCAUA